CGAUUCUUCGGAUUUUUGCGGUAAACUACUUGGAAACUAAACUAUAUUUUUGAAUGUUUUUUAUUAUACAAUAAGAAAGAAAAUCUAUUACAAAAUUUACAAAGCAAACCAUAUUUUGUAUAGUAAAUACAAUGUUUGAAUCCGACGAUUUCGAUCAGAUCUUGUCACAGUUUGAUUUUCCCGAUGUUACGGCAAAAGAAACAGAAAAUAUUGCACGUGAGUUGUGCAGCGAAAGGAGCAUACCGGUUAAGCAAGAUAGUCCAGUCAAUGUAGCUAAUCAGCCUCUUAAAUGCCCUAAUAUUGCUAGCCCUUCCCCACCGCAGCAAAAAACAGCUCGGAAAAUGAUUGAAGAGGUUGACACAUGUAGCACAGAACCUGUAAGAAAUAGUGUGAACUCAGAAAAUAUUUCACCAAAACAUACAAAAAGAAAAAUGAUUAAUUCAUAUUUUGAUCACAAUGCUAAAAGAAAGUUUCCGGGACCGGCUGGCCUUCUCAAUGGUAACUUUGAAGAGAGUAAAGAUGAGACAAUUUGCCACAUGGAGUUAUUUUCACAGGAUGUAGAUUUGUCAGACAACUAUUUUGGUGAGAAAUUUGAUACAGAAAUAUGGAGAAGACUCUCAGAAGACAUACAAAAGUCUAAUUUAGGUGCCAUAGAUUCUAUCAAAUCUGUGAAGCAGCAAGCUUUGGCUGGACACUUGAGAAGACGGAAGGCUCAGGUUGUGACUGCUUUUGUUGAAACGGUUGAUAGAUCAGCUACAGACCCACUUAUAACAUUGAGAGAUACUACUGGAUGUAUCAAAUGCACACUCCACAGAGAUGCAUGGUCUACAUUUGCCCCCUACAUUGUCUCUGAGUACUGUGCCUUAGUGUUAAGAAGACCCACAGUCCUCACCACCGGCAGUGCCUUCAAAAAGCAUUACUUGAACAUCACACUGAGUAAUAUUCAUGCUAUAUACAGUUCUGCAGUGCUUCAUGAAGAAGCUGAGAAUAAGCCUUUGCCCAAUGGAUAUGAUGUAGUAUGUGGUAAUGAUAUGACAGUGAUUAGAACUGCACAAUGUGCAAAUUUAGAUAAAGACCCAUUUUGCAAUGAAACUAAUGAUACCAGUGAUUUGCUAGAUGAUCUAGAUAACAUAUUUACUGAUGAUUUGUUUUAGAUUUAUAUGUGAUCUGUUAAGUGAUAAUCUCAGCAUAUUAUUACACAAUUAUGUUUAAAAA